AAAGCAUUCCAGCAACAAGUUUGGAUGACAGCAGUGUAUCCAUGUAUGUUUAUCAACAUGUAAACAUGUUGUGGACUAAAGUUUUUUUGGAUUGGAUUGCUUUGAUCCUUGCUGUGAAAUCAGCCAGGCUGUUAAAAUGUUAUGGACCUGUGAACAGACGGCAAGCUUGAAAGUCGUGCAUCCAAAACUGAGAUUGCACAAUCCUAAACUCCACCCAAGAAAAAGCUCUUAACUUCCCACAAGUGAAAGUAAUGUGGACUUUCUCCAGCUCUUCAGUCUCAGCCACAGCUAACAAUACAAAAUGACAGCAUUCGAACCCCAAGGAAACCCACAGACAGCGCGACCUCGUAGAUCAAUGGGUCUCUUCAACAAUAUCAAGUUUUUUGUACUGUGUCAUGGGAUGCUCCAGCUUUCUCAGCUCCUGGUGUCGGGCUAUCUGAAGGCUUCCAUCACCACCAUCGAGAAAAGAUACGGAUUUUCCAGUUCAAAGUCAGGACUUUUGGCAGCCUUCAAUGAGGUGGGGAACACAGUUCUCAUUGUGUUUGUGAGUUUCUUUGGGAGUCGCGUGCAUCGACCAAGAUGUAUUGGAAUCGGAGGAAUGAUUGCAAGCAUGGGAGUGUUUCUCAUUGCCCUGCCUCACUUCAUUAGCGAAAAGUAUGAAUAUACAGAAUUCAUUAGCAAUACCAGACUCAACUCCAGCCUUUGCCAGACACAGGACAUAGAAUCCAGUCCGACAUGCAGUCAAAAUGAUACAGACCCUCAAUUGGGAGUGUAUCCAAUACUUCUGCUGGGCCAGUUACUGCUGGGCAUUGGUGGUGUUCCAAUACAACCUUUUGGCAUUUCCUACAUAGACGAUUAUGCAGAAAGGAGGAAUUCACCCUUCUACCUAGGCAUACUUUUUGCAGUUACCGUAAUUGGACCAGCUUUUGGCUACAUCAUGUCAUCUGCUGUGCUUCGCUUGUAUGUCGACAUAGACAAGAUGUCUUUAAAUGAAAACAAAUUAGAACAUGGUGACCCCAGAUGGAUUGGUGCUUGGUGGUUGGGAUUCCUGAUAGCUGCCACCCUUCUUUCCUUGACAUCUUUGCCAUACCUGUUUUUCCCUAGAAAGAUGUCCAAAGAGGAGAUCGAAGAAGCCCCUGUGGAGCCAUCAACUGAGAAAAUGAUACAAAACAAGAAGCCCGAAACUGACCAGAUUGAAGAGGUGUCUCUUACACAGUUCUUAAAAAGCUUUCCCACAAUUGUUCUAAGGACUCUGCGAAACCCAAUUUAUCUGCUGGUAGUGUUCGCUCAGGUGAAUCUUGCUGCCAUGGUUGCGGGACUGGCAACAUUUAUGGGCAAAUUCAUAGAGAAGCAGUUUGCACGGACUGCCUCCUUUUCCAAUAUCAUGAUGGGUGGUAUCAAUAUUCCUUCAGCCAUGUUUGGCAUAAUGGCUGGAGGGGUUAUUCUACGCAGACUGGGUUUGACUGUCAGGUCCUCUGCGGCGAUGUGUACGAUAGCAGUCUUCAUAAGCAUUAUGUUUGCGAUUCCACUUCUUUUUAUUGGCUGCCCCACACAAAAGAUUUCAGGACUCAACUACCGCGAUUCUCAGCAGUGCAGUAAUUCGUGUUACUGUUCUGAUGAAGCCUUCAACCCCGUGUGUGGCUCAGAUGGUGUGGAGUUUCGCUCUCCCUGUCAUGCGGGAUGUAAAAUAGUCAACAUAAAAACAAUAGGCAGGAUACAGAACGUGACCUACACAGACUGUGGAUGUGUGAAAUCCAGUGGUUCUCCAGGCUUUGCUUUUGCUGGACCAUGUGCAAGUGGCUGUAGUAAUCUCCUCAUUCCCUUUAUGAUUCUGUCCUCCCUCACUUGCUUUGUGGCUUCACUUUCCCACACUACAUCCUUCAUGAUGAUCCUCAGGACCGUGACUCCGGAAGAUAAGUCUUUUGCCGUGGGAAUUCAGUUCAUGCUGUUCAGAGUUCUUGCUUUCCUCCCAUCCCCAGUGCUGUAUGGUACUGCGAUCGACACUGCAUGCCUUGUGUGGGGAAAGAAAUGCAGUAAAUCAACAUCAUGUCUGUACUAUAAUUUAGACCUUUUCAGACACAGAUUCCUGGGACUCCAGAUAUUUUUUAUAUGUGGUGGCUUCGUCUGUUUCCUUCUGUCCUUUUUGGUGCUUCGGAGGGCAGAUUCAUCUCAACAACAACAACAUCAACAACAACAACAACAACAACAACAACAACAACAACAACAACAUCAUGAAAUGAACAUUCAAACCAAAAGUGAAAGUUCCCAGGAAACGAAAGAUGAUAAACAGACUGUGAGCAAUUCAAAUGGACACAGCAAUACAACGUGUCCUUAGAGAGUAAAAACAUCUGUGAUUGAAAGAAUGAAACUGACUGUUUAGUGGGUGGAAGAAGGGCUUAAGAAUUGUGUUUAAUAAAAUGAGUGUCUCAGCUUGCCAUAUAUAAGCAAGCAGUUGUACAGGCCAAGUUUCUGACACUUUUCUGACAAAAAACAGACUGUGAACACACUCAUUUCUACAAACAGCUGACAUCGGUCAAAAUGCAAAGUGGCAAAGUUCACUUCAAAAGACUAUAUUGUUUCUGUUAUCUUUGCCAGUAAAUGAUUUUCAUUGCUUUUCUUUGAAGUUUUAUGAAAAUUUUAUCUGUGAACACACAAUCUAGUACUUUACACAUUUUAUAUGCUAACAAUGUGAAAACUAAGUGUUGUUGUUUGAGCUCACUGUGGCUCAGUGCAUCAAGAAGCCAAGCAUGUGCAUUUAAUCUAAAAAAAUGUAUUUGUGGUGCUUUUUUAUAAGCAUUUUGUGUUGUUGUUCUUUUUUUUUUUUUGUAAGUACACCAACAUUUUUUAUAGUUUCUGUAAAAUUUUCUCAAUUUGUAUUUCACUUAAAAAGCUAUAUGUUUGUUUUUUAUACAUUUUAUACUGUGGUAUAUGAAUAACCUUUCAAAUGACUAUAUGUGAGUAAUUUUUCAUACAGUAAACGUAUUGUACAUGUUUAAUCAGC